UAGCGUAAAUUCUUGCUCGACCAGCUCUAAUGUUGUGAUUGUCAGGUCUCGCCAUUUUCACCAGACGCGUAACCUGUUAGUGAGGGGGAUUUUUAAAGACGGGCUGCUUACACAUAUCUUUGGAUAUUUCACCGAAGGCGUCCGAACGAAUAAACUAUGGGAAACUGCCACACGGUCGGACCAAACGAAGCUUUGGUAGUCUCAGGUGGCUGUUGUGGAUCUGAUAAGAAGACCUACGCAGUUGGAGGAUGGGCGUGGGCAUGGUGGCUCCUCACAGACAUUCAAAGAAUUUCUCUGGAAGUAAUAACCGUCCUGUGUCGCUGUGAGAAUAUCGAAACAUCGGAGGGCGUCCCCCUGGAUGUGACCGGGGUGGCUCAGGUCAAGGUAAUGACAGACCACGAGCUACUAUCUCUCGCAUGUGAACAGUUCCUGGGUAAAUCAGUGACGGAAAUUAAGGGGGUCAUCCUGCAGACACUGGAGGGUCAUCUGCGCUCCAUUCUGGGCACUCUGACAGUGGAGCAGAUUUACCAGGACCGAGAUCAGUUUGCCAGCCUGGUGAGGGAGGUGGCAGCUCCUGAUGUGGGUAGGAUGGGUAUUGAGAUUCUCAGCUUCACUAUUAAGGAUGUCUAUGAUAAAGUGGAUUAUCUGAGCUCGUUGGGAAAGACCCAGACAGCAGCUGUGCAGAGAGAUGCAGACAUUGGUGUAGCGGAGGCGGAGAGAGAUGCUGGAAUCAGGGAAGCAGAAUGCAAGAAGGAAAUGAUGGACGUUAAGUUCCUGGCAGACACUAAAAUGGCCGACUCAAAGCGAGAGCUGGAGAUGCAGAAAGCUGCUUUCAACCAAGAAGUCAAUACAAAGAAAGCCGAGGCUCAGCUGGCAUACGAACUGCAGGCAGCUAAGGAGCAGCAGAAGAUCCGUUUAGAGGAGAUCGAGAUCGAAGUGGUGCAGAGAAGGAAACAGAUCACCAUUGAGGAGAAGGAAAUCGUCCGGACAGACAAAGAGCUGAUCGCCACAGUGAAGAGGCCUGCUGAGGCUGAGGCCUACAGGAUGCAGCAGGUGGCUGAAGGACAAAAGGUGAAGAAGGUGCUGACAGCGCAGGCUGAAGCGGAGAAGAUCAGGAAGAUUGGAGAGGCUGAAGCAGCCUCCAUUGAAGCUGUGGGCAAAGCUGAAGCAGAGAAGAUGAAGCUAAAAGCUGAAGCUUACCAGCAGUAUGGACAGGCAGCAAAAACUGCACUGGUCCUAGAGGCACUGCCCAAGAUUGCUGGAAAGGUGGCGGCUCCCUUGGGCAAGACCAGCGAGAUUGUCAUUCUGAGUGGCGAUGGCAGCCGCGUGACCGGUGAAGUGAAUCGUCUGUUGGCCGAGCUGCCGGUUACAGUUAACGCCCUCACAGGAGUCGACCUGUCAAAGAUGCCUUUAUUGCAGAAAAUGACCACUGCCCACGCAUGAACAUUCUUCACCUCUUUGGCCUUUUAGACACAGAUAAAAAUGCACUCUUUAAUGCCUUACCAGGUUAUUCUGUCCUGGCUGAAAGGAGAGGUAUUAAUUUAUCCUUAGUGCCAUCUAUGUGUAGGACCAGACUGUGCCCAUUGUUUAGAAUUUCCUGUGGUACUCUUCAUCCUCUUCACUGUUUUUUUUUUUUUUUAUUAUGCCACCGAAAUAGUGAGGUUAUAAACCAGCUCUUAUUAAUAUUACAAAGCAUGGGGGAGAGUGUCUAUCUGGGUUCAGUUUUGAACAUUUUAUCUUUUAACCUACAUGAUUUGGGCAAUGAGUUAAUGAGAGUUAUAACAACUGGCAUAUACGAAAGGAGAGAGGUGAUUUUUUAAAAAAAAAAAAAAAAAACUUUUGCAGUUUUCACUUGAAAAAGGGAUUAAUCUCAGUUGUUACACUAACAUCUAUUCAACUAAACUGCAUCAGGUUAAUUCCGUUUUAUUUUUGCUCAGCUGUUUUAUUUUGCUCAUUUUUGCAUAUAAAAACUGCCUAAGCGUUUAUUAUACAACCAAUAAAUCAUUGUUGCAAAAAUUCAAUAUUAUAAAUAUGCAUACAUAAUGGUCUAUCAUGCUGUAAAGCUGUAAAGUGAGACUCCAAAUUCUACAGUUUUUGUGAAGUUCAUGUAAAUGGAUGUCAUUUGAUCACAUAUUUGUAUAAUAGAUUUUAAGUUGUUUAACUGUACUUUUAGCAACAAUUAAUCACCAAAUGUGUCUAUUGCCUAAAUUGGCUAUAGCCAAAGUACAGGGUGUCCCAAAAGUCUCCAUACAUAGGGGACUAUGUAAGCCAGCACCACAUCAGUUGUGCCUUCGUCAGUGGAUGUUCAGUCCACUUUCUGGUUGGUCUGCAACACUUCCAGUCUUUUUGAAUUUCCUAUUGAGUUUGGGAAAAGCGUUAAGUGUGUGUGAGGUGCUUGCCCCAUUUCCUAUGAAAGUCCAUCACAACCUUGCGACAGCUUCCCAAUCCAUCCAUGAGAAAGAAUUCAAUACUUCAAUUCAAUACAAAAAGAAUUCAGUACUCACUUCUUGUUUUGUCAAAGUCAUUCAUAAAGGCUAUCUGGAAAAAAAACAACCAUAAACUAAGUAUGAAACAUUUUGGAAGACAUUUUACUAAAAAUUUCCCAUAUGUAUGGAGACUUUUGGGACACCCUGUUCAUCUACCUACAAUAUAGUAGGUGUAUGAAACUUAAACAGUCUUUAACUUUUUUUAGAGUUUGAAUUGUAUGAGUGGUGUUUAGCAUUUAAUAUUUUAUGUGAUCACUCUUUCAGUUAGACAUUAUGUUUAAAGUUAUGUCAGGGUUAAACAAGGCUAGGACAAGGAAGUUGUGUAUGAAAUAGCCUAGAAGUCAUUUGUUUAAUUUGUUUCUGAAUGUUGCAACACAAAUAUCUCGUAUGUUUUAUAUGUGUUGAAGAUAAAUGUUUGCUUUUGCUGUGUCCUUC